AUGGAUAAUGCUUCUUCAUUUUCGGGGAAAACGGGGGGGAAGACGGGCGCGGAGGCGCCGGAGGGCGUGGACGAGGAGGCGUGGGAGUCGCCUCGAGAGGUGGUGGUGGUGUCGGACGUUGAGGAGGGGGUCUCGCUGAGGGCCAUUUUGGACCCGGCGGCGGCCUCCUCCUCCGCGGCCGACGGUAGCCGCGGGGGCACGCGACGACCGCGGACCCGCCAAAUGGCGAGGAGGGGGGGAUCGAGCGCUCGAUCGGGCAGUCGGGCUGGUCGGGUCAGCCGGGAUAGUUCCCGGGACUCGGCUGCCUCGACGACGUGCGACGUGGCGUCCCUUCCGGGGGACGUCGACACCGACGCGUCGGCGAGCGAGACGGGGAGGAAGCGCAAGCGCGGGAGGCCCCCUACCACCGGGGAGUACGUCGGCCUGGCGGAGGCCAAGCGCGCCGCCAGGGAGGAGGAGCGGCUGUCGAGGGAGUGGGAGCGGGAGAAGGAAGUCCUCGCCUCCAUUCCCUCGCCAGCCGACAAGAGGGAGCGCGAAUCCUGGGAAGUCCAGGUGGAGCGCUUUCGGGAGUGCCCGUCACCCGACAUCACCGCUCGGGUGAUGGAGCACCUCGAAACCGUCGUGAAGGUCGCGAAGAACUCGGGCCACCUUCAGGGCCCCUAUGUCAGGGCCCUGAAGGAGGCCGCGGCGGGCAUCAGGGCGGCACUCACCGUCACUGCUGAGAGGAGGGGCGCCGGAGCCCCUUCUCUCAGCACGGAGAACGCCGCCCUGAGGGGGGAGGUGGAGUCCCUCAAGUCGCAGGUGCGCGAACUGAGGGACACCAUCUCCCUCAUGGGACGAGCGACCGCGGGGGACGGGGGGGAGAGCCAGCGGGUGGCUGACUCCCCCGUCCUGCGCGUCAGGGGGCGGAGGCUGGAGACUCCGCCGAGGAGCCCGGCGACGUCGGAGGCAGGACUCCGGACCGAGACCACCCCGCAGAAGGGGGGAGGUCCUCCCGCCGAAAGGGAGGACCCCCUGGUCGCCAUGGAGGCCAGAAUUAUGGCCUCCAUGGGGACCAUGGUCUCGCGGAUCGUCGCGGAGGCGGUGGCGCCCCUGGUUAGGCGCGGCGCGAGAGAGGGAGCUGAGCCGUCUCCCCAAGCAGGACCGGAGGAACCAGGCAACGGCGGGACGGCGAAGAAGAAGAAGAAGGGCAAGAAGGGGGGUGGUGGGGCGAGCGGAGCCCCGCCCGCCCUUAACCCCCCUCCGGCAGAGCAGCGGCCCAGUUCGGCGGUGGCCGGCCCGGCCAGCCGGGUUCCAGCCAGCGAGGAGGAGCAGCCGUGGUCGAAGGUGGUGGGCAGGAGGGCCGCGAGGCCAACCGCCCAGCCACCGGCCCCCGCGGGUAAGGGCAAACCCGUGCCGGGCAAACCCGCCCCAGGUAGGGGGGCCAGCGGGGGGGGCAAACCCGUGACGGGCAAACCCUCCCCGCCCGGCGGUCGACCCGGCGCGAAGGGGCCGAAGCCCCCUAAGUCGCCCAAGACGGCGGCCGUCGUCAUCACGGCAGCCGACGGCGACUACAAGGGGGCCGUGGAGAAGGCGCAGAAGGGCGUGGACAUCGACGCCCUGGGGAUCGCCGCGCCGCGAUCCGCCACCAAGGCGGACGAGCUGGCCUCCCGCUUAGAGAAGGUUUUUGAGGGGUCGGGUGUAAGGGUCACCCGACCCCUCAAGAAGGCGGAGUUGCGCGUCCGGCGACUGGACGACGCGGCUACGGAGGAGUCGGUGUCUCGGGCGGUCGCAGCCGCGGGAGGCUGCGACCCCCGGACAUCGAGUGGGCCGAUCCAGAGGUCCCCGGACGGUCUGGGGACCUCUUGGAUCAGGCUUCCUGCGCAGGCCGGCGGAAAGGUCGCCGACCUGGGCAGGAUCAGAGUGGGCUGGGCCUGGGCACCGAUAACUGUGCUGGAGCCCAGGCCCUUGAUGUGUUAUAGGUGCCUGGCGAAGGGGCACGUGCAAGCGACGUGCCCCAGUCGCGAGGACCGCCGAGACCUGUGCUACAGGUGUGGCGCGGCGGGUCAUCGGGCGCGCGGAUGCGCCGCUGACCCGAAGUGCCCUCUGUGCACGGGUCUCGGCAGGAGGGCGGACCACAGGCUGGGUAGCGCGGCCUGUGCUCCGCCCUCCAAGGGAGGGAAAAGUGGGGUGCAAAGGGGGUCGGAGACGGCGGCCCAGGGAGGGGCGCGGCCGACGGAGGCCGCUCCUCGCCCGCAAAGGGUCACCUCUCCGGCUCCCAGACAGGCGGCCCCGUCGGCGGGCGCGGCGCUGGAGCCGACGCCUGCUGAUGGGGACAAGGGAGGGCCGGCUCCUCCGCGGGAGGAGGAGCCGAAGCCCCGACGGGUGACCCGCUCCAUGGGGAAGAAGAAGGCGGAGGAGGACGACGAUGGUGCGAGGGGCCUGGAGGAGCCCGCCAUGGACGUGGAGUAA